AUGCCACCUCUAGUAGGAAUCGAAGUAAAGCGAACAAAAUUACAAAAUCCAUUGAAUGCAGUAUCGAGCAAAGCUACUGAUGGCGAUUUCAACAACGAUUUUCGAGUUCAAGCAUUGAAACGACGUAAACAGCGCCGUAGAAAAUCAUUUUUGUCAAAAAGCGAUUCGAAUGACAGCAGUGACUCAUCUGAUUUAAUUACGGAAGAUCAGCAGCGUCACUCCUCUGUUGUCCACCGCAACGAUCGACCAGGUUCUAAUUCGGUUCGACUGAGAUAUAAUCCGUAUAUAGCGGGGACUACAUCAGACAAUAUCGUUCGGCCGAUACCAGUUAAAUUGCGACGAACAUACUCACCAAACAGUGAUGAAGAACCCCCAUCUCUACAACGUGUAUCUCGAAGCCGAACUGAACCGAAUCAAGUGAGACAAAACGACAUCAGAGCAAAAACGGCUAUAUCAAACAGCAGUCGUCGAUCGCACGCGUUUGAGACAGACCACAUCGACUCGACCAAAGUACAGUUUCCAUCGCAAAACGACGGUAGGCAGCCCAGUGCAUUUACCAAUACUGACCGACUGCGAAAAACAUCUGAUACUAACAACAACGACAGAUUUCAUCGAAGCUCUUACGAAGACAGAUUUGGUGAUAAUCGGCAACGGCGAAAUGAUUACCGCGACGAGUAUCUAACGACAAAACAGAGCGUUGCUAAUACGAAGAAUUUCAUCUCAGCGAUUCAAGAUGAACUUCGAAAUAUUGAUGACACAUAUUAUAGAGCAAAUGAAGUUUAA